CGAAAUUUCAACCUUUUUUUUUUUCUGUAUCAACUCCGACUUCGACUUCAACGUCAACAAGUCUUGUCUGCGCCCAAACACUCUCCCUUUUUCCUUCUUUUUCUGCUAACGAGUUUCCUUCCGAACAUACACAUAUCAGUCUCCUUUUCCAUCCUAUUAAAGAGACUGCCUCCUCCUGCUUUACUCAAAAGUCAUCUAUAUUUGUUUUUGUGUUAAAACUAGACUUCUCGGGGACCUUGUUUGUUCAUCCCACUAUUAGGGCUUUUUUCUAUCGAUAAGGCCAAGACCCCGCUAUAGAAAAUCAGGAAUUAUUAAUACUUUGGUUUUAAUUCGAGUACAACGCGAAGAAGAAGCAAAAAAGAACACAAUCGCAAAAAUGGUAUCGGCAUCGAAGGCUGCUCGUCAGGCAAAGCGUGCUGCGGACGGAAAAGAUGACAAGAAGAAGUCCGCCACAUCGAGACUGUCGUCCAGAGUCAACUCGAAAAACGCAUCUCGAGCCUCAUCCGUGAACGGGGAAGAAGAAUUUGUCCCCGAAGAGUCGGCAACCUCCGCCUCCAAGUUGUCCGAUGUCAAGAAAUUGACCUCCCAGAUGGAUAAAUUUGGCUUGUCGGAUCGUGUAACCACUGGUGUCCUUGCGUCUCUUCCCUCCAGCCGUGACGUCAAGAUUAACUCCGUCUCCCUCGUGUUCCACGGCCGGGUACUUAUUACCGAUGCAAUCCUCGAGCUCACCUAUGGCCGACGAUACGGCCUCUUAGGCGAGAACGGUUGCGGAAAGUCGACACUGAUGAAGGCUAUUGAUAAGCGAGAGUUCCCCAUCCCCGAACACGUCGACAUCUAUCUGCUGAACGAGGGUGCGCCACCUAGCGACCUGGGAGCCCUUGAGUGGGUUGUCAAGGAGGCAGAGAACGAAAUGGAGAGAUUAGAUAAAUUAGCAGAGGAGAUAUUGGAGAAGGAUGGCCCGGAGAGCCCUAUCCUAGAAGAUCUAUACGAGCGUAUGGAAACCAUGGACCCUUCGACUUUCCAAACGAGAGCAUCCCUUAUUUUAACUGGUCUGGGUUUCAAUAAGUAUACCAUUAAAAAGAAGACGAAGGAUAUGUCCGGUGGAUGGAGAAUGCGAGUGGCCCUGGCCAAGGCUCUUUUCGUCAAACCCUCUCUACUCCUCCUCGACGACCCAACGGCCCAUCUGGACCUCGAAGCUUGCGUGUGGUUGGAAGAAUACCUCAAGAAAUGGGACCGCACUCUCGUCCUCGUUUCCCACAGCAUGGACUUCUUGAACGGAGUUUGCACCAACAUGAUUGACAUGCGUCAGAGCAAGCUAAUCUACUAUGGUGGCAACUACGACGUUUACCACAAGGUCCGCCACGACCAGGAAGUCAAUCAGAUGAAGGCGUACCACAAGCAACAAGAAGAAAUUGCCCACAUCAAGAAGUUCAUCGCGUCCGCCGGUACCUAUGCCAACCUUGUCCGACAAGCUAAAUCCCGCCAGAAGAUCCUCGACAAAAUGGAGGCAGACGGCUUCAUCCAGCCUGUCGUCCCGGAUAAGGUCUUCACAUUCCGUUUCGCAGAUGUUGAGAAGCUCCCGCCCCCAGUCCUCUCAUUUGAUGACGUCACAUUCUCCUACAGCGGAAAGCCAGAAGAUAACCUGUACGAGAACCUCGACUUCGGUGUCGAUAUGGACUCCAGAACCGCCCUUGUCGGGCCAAACGGUGUUGGAAAAUCAACCCUCCUCCGCAUCAUGACGGGCAAACUCAGCCCCACCGGCGGCAGAGUCUCACGGCACACCCACUUGAAGCUCGGAAUGUACAGUCAGCACUCUGCAGAGCAGCUCGACCUCACAAAAUCCGCCCUCGAAUUCGUCCGCGACAAAUACCCGGAGAAGAGUCAAGAUUACCAAUACUGGCGCCAGCAGCUGGGUCGGUACGGGUUGAGCGGUGAUGCACAAACCGCCCUCAUGGGAACUCUCUCGGAGGGCCAAAAAAGCAGAAUCGUCUUCGCGCUACUGGCCAUUGAGGGCCCGAACAUGUUGCUUCUCGAUGAACCUACCAACGGCCUCGAUAUUCCCACCAUUGACAGUCUGGCUGAUGCUAUCAACGCGUUCAGCGGUGGUGUCAUUGUUGUUUCUCACGAUUUCAGACUCCUCGACAAAAUUGCAAAGGACAUCAUGGUCUGCGAACACAAGACCGUCCGCCGAUGGGAUGGUAGCAUCGGAGAGUAUAAGGACCACUUGCGAAAAAAGAUGUUGUCCGCUGGACAGGUUUAGAUAGAUUUCAUUUGUAUGUUGUUUCUUUUUUAAAGUUGGAGGCUUUUUUUUAUCCCUCUUAUUUUAAUUCGUGCCCAGUGGGUUUUAUACGCUAUCGGUUUGCUGGCUCUGGUUUUUAUUUUUUUUAUUUAUAUACAUUUUUUUUUUUCUAAAAAAAUCAAGCCUGUUGUUGAAUUAUGGAGCAUUGUGCCAAACGGCCACGCGAAAUAGAGACUCAUUUUUAGUUCAUUGAACCCAAAAGAUUUCCAUGGUUUAUUUAUUUAUUUAUUUUUCGUCCACUUUUCAUUCUUAGUCUAAUUGUUAUUCUGCGAAAAAAAAAAAAAAAGAAAAAAAAAAAAAGAAAAAAAAAAGAAAAAAAAGAAAAAGAAAAGAAAAAAAAGAAAAAAAAAAAUAACAGAACAAAAAAAUCCGCGAGAGAAAUGCAUAUAGAGAAUACUCCGUGCUCCGUACUUAUUUUUGCCCAUAUCAGCAACCUUUCUCGCCCAUAUCGGCGGCCCCCUCCUUCCCCACCCCAAUUCCCUUUGUUUUUGCCAACUUAUGUGUUUGGGGUGAGGAAAAUCUUGCGCGAUUACAUAUAUUCCUAUUGAAGAGGAAUGAAUUUAUGAUAGGUCUAUCAAAAGGGCAACAAAAAACAAGACCAAAUGAAUGAAUGAACGCAAGAAAGAAAGAAAGAAAGCAACGAGGUCUUUGCAGUAGGCAAAUUCAAUUGGAUAUUAAUUAGCAGUUUAUGAUAUGGGAAUACUACAGUGUAUAAAUUUUUCUGACGAUAUACAGUAUGUACAUUUCACUCGGUUUCCUCUUUCCAUCCAGACAGGGCACGGUGGCAAUGAAGCCCCUUUUGUAGUGUGCGUGAAGCAUAUUAAAAAUGGGAGCCAUAUCUCUCACAAUGGUAGAUUUUAUUCCGAUUACUCCAUGGGUAGAUAGGUGGAUAACGGAAGUGUAGGUAGGUGUAGCAGAUCUUUUUCCCCCAAAAAACGCACACCACUCCUGCCGGUCACCACAGGGUAACCGUCCUCCGUACUAAUUAUGAGUACUCAAAUGUAUAUGUACAUGUACAGUACCUACUACCGCCCCACCAUCAAUCCACCGCCCCACCCUUCCUCUUCCUCUCCUCCAUCAAAUCCCC